AUGGACUGGGAGCCCUACGUGACGGGAACUAUAGCGCGAACUGUCCUAUCCGGACUAGUAAUCAUUCCCGCCUUGGGAUUCUCCGUACUUGUCCUCCGUAAGCCCGGCGCCAAGCAUGACCACACGCGCCUUUGGGUCGACUUCACCAAGAUUGCCCUGGGGCUUUGGAGCGUGUCCGAACUUCUUAGGCUCAUUUAUUGGAUCAUUCUUGCAGUUACUUAUGCUCGGCGGCGAGACGGUUUUGGCUUGAUACCGCAUGGUAUUGAAUACAUCGUUUACGUUAGCUCGCUUCUCAGCUACCUGGGCCAUGUCGCCCUUCUUCGCGCCUUUUUCUUUCUGGCUCACGCCUUGACUCAACUUCGCCAAGGCGCCGAGACUGAUGAUUCCAGAACCUAUCACGUCGGCAAAAAGGUCAUUUUGGGCAUGUCAGCCCUAAUUGCUCUCGUAGCUGUAGCAACCUUUGCAUGCCAAAUCGCCUCGACGGUCUUGUACGAAAUUCUCCCGGGCAGGGACCGCUAUGUGUCUGGCGAUUGGGACAAUGCGAUUAGGUUGUCAUUUGCCGCCGAAUACAUGAGUGCCAUCAACAUCGGCUUUCUUCUCAUUGCAGCCCUUGGCAUGGCUGUUUAUGCCUUUUUGUCCCACGGGAAGACCAGGGGCAGUCCUGUCCAAAAGGCAGCUACUCUCUUUCUCACUGCAGUCUCUCUAUGGCUCAUAACCAGGAUAUGGAGCUUUAUAAACAUCAUCAAGGAGUUGACAGGUCAUUUUUGGGAUUAUGAAUCUUCAUUCGUCGGAGUCUCCGUCGCCGAUGUGAUCCUCGUCGUCUGGCCAACGUUUGCGGCUCUCAUGCUGCUUUACAGCUUGGCCUCCAACAAAGUGUUCAGUCUCUCGAGGCUCCACUACCAGGAAAACGAGGAUGAGCAGAGGGUUUGGGAUGGGCGAACGCAAAGCACUUAA